CCCCUUUGUAGAUGCAUCACACACAUCUUGCACACACCAGCUGCUGGUGUCAUAUUGUCGGCGUCCUUGUCGCGCACGACCUUAAUUGCGCCUUUGAAUGGCAGCUUAGCCUGGGCAGAUGCCAUCAUGGCCAAUGCAGUUCCCGUUUCUGCCCGGCUACUGCGGUACCCGUCUUGUUGCCGUCCUGAGCUGCAAGGGAGCAGUACUCAUCUACCAACCUCAACCCCUCACCACACACCCAGCAUAUGUUUUUCUCCGACGAUCAGGAAUAGACCAGCCAAAGCCAUGGUGAGAUGCUAAGAUCCCCAGAACGCGGAGAGCCGGCCCUUUUCCAACCCACCACCCCCACCUGCCGCGUCUCCCCUCCGUUCCCUUUUCAUCAGAGUUGCUCCGGCCCUUCCGCGCGUGUGGCCGAUUCGAAAUCGUUAUCGCCGUCAUUCAAGCCCAUCACAUCUUCCAGUCUGGCUUGGAGCGACGUCGACCGUUGCCGGCCGUUGGAUCUGGAAUAAUGAUGGCUUCAAUACGGACUCUCCUCCUCGCCUCCCUCUCGCUGGCAACCGUCAGCGCUCAGGAUGCAAGGAUAUCUUGGAUCGAAAAUGCCCCGGCGUGGCAGGAAGAAUCGCUGAUGCAUCUCCAAAUCAGCCCACCCGAGAGCUCGAUUCUGCAGCUGACAUUUGAUGUCUACCCGUUGACCCGCGCAGUCGGGUUGAACGAGAGCACAGAAGUCAGAGACGACUAUCGAAUCCAAGGCUUUUUAACCUACGCCGAUGAUCUCGAAGCCAUGAACAACCAGUCGAUUGCCCUGGUCAGCUGCGACUCCAACAGCUCGACGAGCCUCGUGGGCGAGCUCAUCACGACUGCCAAGCCGAGGGCGAUAUUGCUGUACAGCAUCAAGGGGAACUGCUGCGCGCUGCAGGGUUCCUAUCAGGACUUGGAAGGGACGCCUUACGAUACAUUGUUCACCAUGGCGAACCAGGAGGAAUCCAUUGCUGCCAUGAACAGCACACGCUUGGCCGGGGCGUCGGCUGCUGCCACCAUCACUGGCGGCAUCACUGCUGCCGGCCCGGAAACGAGUGCCCAAGUACCGCACAAUGGGAACAAUUCGGCGGUGGCGAUGAGCAUCCUGUAUAGCAUCACAGGUCUCAUCACGCUCCUCUUUCUCGUUAUCAUUGCAACGGGCGCUAUCAGGGCACAUCGAUAUCCGGAACGAUAUGGGCCGCGAUCGGGUUACGGCGGACGACCCCGACAAAGUAGGGCAAAGGGGCUGGCGCGCGCGGUGUUGGAGACGCUUCCCAUUGUCAAGUUUGGGGAUCCGGCACCGGCAAAACCUGAUCCAGCCCUCGAGCUCGAGUCCCAAACAUCUCGAUCGUCAUCCGAGCCGGGGAUAGGGACCAGAUUAUCAGCCAUCCCAGAGGAGCCCAAGACGCCCAGGACACCCAAAACACCCAAAACGCCAGCAAAGCGGCAAAAUGAAGGUCUGGGGACAGUCUUAGAGUCUGAAGAUGACGACCAGCCAGCCGUAAACCCAACAAUUGCUGCCCCCAAAGACGCCAAUGGUGGCGAGAAUGGGACCAAGGACGGCAAGCGGAUAUCAGAGGAGCACCUUGGAUGCUCAAUCUGCACCGAGGACUUUCUUGUGGGGGAGGACGUCCGAGUGCUACCUUGUGACCACCAAUUUCACCCGCCGUGUAUCGACCCGUGGUUGAUCAACGUAUCCGGGACUUGUCCACUGUGCCGUCUCGACCUCCGACCCCACGACGAGCAAAACCCAGAAGACCCCCAUCACCUCGCACCACCCUUGGCCGGCGAAUGGAAUGAGAAUAACGCUCAAACGACACAGCAACAACGCCGGAAAUCACUACGGUUCCUUGACCUGCACCGCCUCCGGCACGCCUCGGUUGAGGAACGGAUUGAAAUCUUGAGAAGACACCGAUCACAGCAGCAGUUGAGAGAGUCUCAACCACCGCAGUCGUCUUCGUCGGGGUCGACGACGGCAGAUUCGGAGGAGCAUCACAGCCGACGGGCGAGCUUGGCGGAUAGGCUGAGGGAUAAAUUUAGGGUUCAUACCACCACGAGGCAGGAUGGUGGUGGUGGGGAAAUGACAAGGACGACGACGACGACAACAACAACAACGGCAAGGGAGGCUGGACCACCACCGGCCUCGACAUAACUACGACAACACACACGACAGGAGCAACAUUCUCCACUUAUAAUGACCGGAGCUUAAUGGCAAAAGAAUGACAUGAUUCGCCGAGUAUACGACAGGACGGAUAAUAAGUAAUGUUUUGGAUAACUAUGGGAGACUCUUUGAUAGAGAACACCAACAAGGCAAACGCGAUGGGGCUUUAAUAUUCUUUUUUUAGCGACAAUCUUGGGGAAUACCACGGGCAUUUUGGGACAGGAAAGGGGCCGGUAUCUGGACAAAACUCAAAUUGGUCAGGAGGACAAGGAUAGGACUGGAUCGGUUAGACAAUUUGGCGUUCUUUUGCGUGAUGGUUUUGCGGUGAUAUCAUUGCAUUUGGCGUUUUUUUUUUCUUUUUCUUUUUUUUGGUUUCAUGAAAGGGGAGGAUUUGGGACUGAAGAAUGAUAUAGUUGGCCAAUAUGAAGUGUUGGGAAGGAAACAGGAAUGAACAUGAACAUGGAUGAAGUCGACGCAGGGGCAGAAGAACGAAUUCGAAGGGAAGAGACUACCGGCUGAGAUGGCAGCAGCCGGCCAACUCCCAAGAGAUAUAGUGCGAUCUGAUAGAUAAGAAUAAGUUUUGCGUUUUCGAGUGCGGAAAGUAGCUGAGAAAGAAAUAUAAUCGUUACCAGACAAAACUAUACUAGGCAAAACA